CCGCGGCUCGGUCUCUUGCAGGGCGCUGUCGAGGGGCCGCUGUUCAUCAACGUCUGCAGCUGGAAAAGGGUCCCGGCGCCCAAGGGCCCCAGCGAGCCCACACCUGUCAGCGCGGGGCCGCUAGAGGAAGCAUCUGGCGAAGGAGACCUUUACAGCAUUAUAGAUAUUGCAUAUAACCCAGAUGUUCUUCAGAGGGGAGAAGAAAACCCAGAAAAAAUGGAACACUUGAUCCAUUUGACACUUAAAUUCAUUGAGGAACGAUGCAACCUUGUUCUUUCUUAUUUGUACACCAUCGAAUCAUUCAAAUUGAAAGGAAGCCUGGAAACGAUGCAGCAACGUCUGAAAGGAAGGCAGAAGCCAACUCCACAUCUCAGUCAGAACACAAAGAAGGAACUGACACUUGAUCAGCUGCUACACAGUAUAGAAGCUGACAGCUGCAGCAAUGUUCCUGCGAUGCUGAAGGAAGAAAAAAGCAUGACACAGUCUAAAGUGCUUCUGAUAGAGGAAAUUACCAGUACUGAAAUGCUAGAGAAGCCAAGUACCCCUGUCUACAAAAUGAUCACCAUGAAAGAUGCAAACAAGAAACCACUCAAAAUUGAACUUAAAAUUGAAUUGCCUAAGGUUAGCUCUGUUUCUGAGUGUGAUCUGAGAAUUUCAAAGGAUGACAUAAUCAUUGAAGUCCCUGAAAAAUACAAGCUACAACUAGAUCUGCCAGAAUUGGUGGAUGAAGAAACAACUACAGCAGUAUUUAACAAAGGGAAACGGGUGUUGUCUGUCACAAUGGCAGUUGCCAAGCCAGAUCCUUAA